UCGACACGACUGUUUUAUGGUCGGCUCACAAAAUGCCAUGCGAAAGUUAGCGUGCACUACGACAUUCUGCACGCGUCCGUAUCAGUCUCCUUACAACGGUCACUAAUAUGAGUGGAUGCCGUGAAAUUAUGGAGCUCCAGCUUAAGGCUGCAACUAUUGAGAGUCAGAAUAUGCCAGCGAGCCUCUUUGAUUUGCAACGUACAGGAUCCGUUUAUGACGUUGCAAGCUCCACCCAAACAAUCCGCUGGUUACAACCAGUAAAUCCAGCAACUCAAUGCAACGUGUGGUUUUAUCAUUUCAACAUUCCGUACCAACUGGGUUGGCUACCUACACUCAAUUGCUCAUUCCGCCGUCCAGAUCUUUGCGUUGAAAAUCAACAAGAAACGUUCAAUGCUCAGGUAUAUGAAGACUCUGAGCCAAAAUGCUCUUUUCCUCACCUCAAGGACUCGAAACUCGAAUUCUAUUUUCCGGAAAAGGCAGUGUCGCUCCAGUUUGAUACUUCAUCCUGUAUCUUGGGCACGCCUGGUCAUCCGGUAUUAUGUCAAUUCCGGGAGCUCCCAAACGUCAACAGCCGCCAAGACGAGACAUCCAAUAAAGGACCAGUUGUCAGUUCAGUUGGAACAUACUCCUUAGGCUCUUCCAGAAGUAUGUAUUAAGAAUCAAUCGAACGAUGAGAAGGCUUCCAAGCAUCACCUAGCGACACGCUGUGCAAGCGAAAAAACUGACUGAACCCAGUCACAAUUCCACCAAUUCAUUCCAGCUCAUUGAUUUUAGGGGAGAAUCUACAUGCUUCGAUAGUUCUUUUUGUCUAUACGUACCCUAAAAUAAGCAUACAAAACUAUUGGGUACAGAGACGACACUGGCGCUAUGUGUGAUUAUUUACGUUACAAACGAAGCUCCUUUUCUCUAAUUACGGCAUGAAUAUACUAUAAUUUAUAUUACUCAUACUAGAACCUUACUAUAUAAUAAGCUCCUGUAUAUUAGCUUCGUGCGAACUUUUAACUAACAUGCAAUAAAUUGGAAUGUGGGUACAUCCACGCAAAUUCGUAUUGUUUCUCAUUCGAUUCGACAGGAAACAGACCUUUUAUAGAUUACAGCCUCCUGCAGGGCUAU